UGUUUCGAGGGUGAGGGGGUGGGGGUCCCCGUACAGGGUUCUGAACACGGUUUUAGCAUCUAUAACUAUAACCCUUUAUAGCGAGAGAACAGUUAGAGUAGCCAAUGGCUACUCGACAGCUAAUUCUUAAAAUACCACUUACCUCACUUUCCCUAAAACCACUUCUAUUUCCCUGUAUUUCCAUUUCUAUAUACAUCUAAUCUUUCUCAGUCGCAUUUACCAAGAGAGGAAACCCCAAGCUGUGAAUUUUGGGUGCUUUGCUUUCAAAGAGAUGGGGAGAGGUAGGGUUGAAUUGAAGAGAAUAGAGAACAAGAUUAACAGGCAAGUUACUUUCUCCAAAAGGAGAAGUGGGUUGUUCAAGAAAGCUCAUGAACUCUCAGUCUUAUGUGAUGCUGAAGUCGCUUUGAUUGUCUUCUCUCAUAAAUGGAAGCUCUAUGAAUACUCCACUGAUUCCUGCAUGGAGAAGACCCUUGAACGCUAUGAAAGGCAUUAUUAUGCUGAGAGGCAUCUUGUUGCUACUGAGCCUGAAUCACAGGGCGAAUGGUCCGUUGAGUAUAACAGACUUAAGGCUAAGGUUGAGCUCUUGCAGAAAAAUCACAGGCACUACAUGGGAGAAGAUUUAGACCCAUUGAGUCUCAAGGAGCUGCAGAAUUUGGAGCAGCAGCUUGAUACCGCUGUUAAACACAUUCGAGCCAGAAAAAACCAACUCUUGAAUGAGUCAAUAUCCGAGCUUCAAAGAAAGGAAAAGGCAAUAAAGGAGCAAAACGCAAUGCUAGCAAAUCAGCCUGUUUUUGCAUGUAGAUCAAAGAGAGGGAGAAGACAGUUGCACGGCAAUCUCAGUGGGGGCAACAAGACAAUGGCCUCAACACAUCAUCCUUUGUGCUGCCACACCCACAUCCCUCUUUGAACAUUGGUGGCAUAUACCAGUAAGAAGCAACAGAAGUUAGGAGGAAUGAAGUUAACCUCACUGUCGAUCUCGACCCUAUCUAUUCGUGGCAUCUCGGAUGCUUUGCUGCAUGAAAAUUGGCUGAAUAUAACAAUGCUUCUCUUCUCGCUAUUUAUCUAGUUUUGGUUUGGGUGAUUAUGGACAUACAUCAAAACGUUACUGCAAGCUAGACCAAAGAGAUAAAUUAUUUGAAA